CUCCCAGUUGAGGUUUCGCCUUUGGCGCGACGAGAUAUAGCUUUAUUUUCCCGUCUAUUGGCAAUCCGAAAGAAGCGUUUGUACGUGUACCUUUGGCAUCCUUGCGUGUGUGCGAGCGAGCCUAGUUUUCGAGUCUUCCUCUCAGCCACUCUUGUCUUUUUUCUUCUUUUUUUUUUUUUUUCUUUUUUUUCUAUUUUUUUCCUUUCCCCUUUAUUUUGUUGGUGUGUCUUUUAGGUGUGCCUAAACCUCUUCUCUCGCUCAAUCCUGGAUGCGUGAUCUAGCGUGUCUGUGUGUUCCCCUGAGUGUUUUAGUGUUGCCCUGACUGACCGGUUCACAAUUUGUGUUAUACUGCAAUACCGGACCGACGGAACAAAUAGUUCGUUUUUUUGUUUUAAAUUGUUGUUGAGUUUGUGUGCGUGUGUGUGUGUGUGUGAGGGGGGGAACUUUGGCCCGCUUGAGUUGCCCCGCUUCGUCUUUAAGCGGAAACGGAAGUGUCACUUGCGUCGCCCAUUGCUUCUAACGACAUGCUGAAGAAUCAAUAUGAAAGUAUGAGAUCGUCACAUUGAGAAGCAACAGCUGGUGUACAGAAUUUGGACGGCUGUUUUCCACCCAGUUCGGCUGAUUCAUUGAAAAUAAGGGCGCUUGUGAAUCAUGGCCAGUGCUACGAACGAACGCCGGAGAGUGGUGGUAGCUCGUUUUUUUUGCCUCUACGUCUUGGUCAUCACCAUCUCCUGUUUGAGCGUCCUACCGUCUUCCUCCGCCAAAACACAGAACAGCACCGAAUGGAAGAGAAAACCGACCGCCAUCAGUCAUCCCGCAACGGCCAACGGCUCGGGUGUCCAGAUGGCGAAACCACUUCGCCAGCAUCAGCACCGCAAUCACCAUCGCAACAAAAGAGUUGAAGCCAGUCUCCUUGAGCAGAACGGGACGACCAUCGCCAACAGGAACAGGAAUAUUAAUGGCAGUCAUAACAACAAUGCAACCAAAGUUAGUUCGACCCCCAGCGAAGAAUUAUCUCCUUGGUCACCCUGGUCCAAGUGCAACAAACGGUGUCGCCAAAAUCGCCAGCGCAAGUGCAUUCCAUCGACAGAUUCUGAAGCGCUAAAGCGAUGCAUCCAGCAACACGUGCUGAAGCAGGAGCGCACGUGCCGCAAGGGGCGCUGCAAGCGCGGUGGUAGGGCCUUCCAUGUUGUUCUUCCACCGAAACGGGAGAGUCUCAAGCAGCCAACCACCACCACGUCGUCGUCCGCCUCAUCCACCCAAAACCAGCAGCAAUCCGACGUACGCGUGCUGCUUAGUCUCAAUUCCAUUUUCUAUUCUUCAUGGAGUCGAUGGUCGACAUGCACCAAAGCUUGCACCACAACACGUUACAGGACGUGCCGCUUUCAAGUGGUCUGUGGCAACACUGUGCUUCACGAAGAAGCCUACUGCUACACGGAGGGAACCGACUGCGAAAAAUGGUACAGCGGCCGAUCACGGUACACCAAAGAUGACGACAGAUAUGAGCACAGUCCGGUGGCAGUGGCAGAGAAGAGCAAUGGCAAUGGCAGCGCCAAUUCUAGCAAUGCUAAAGGUCAGAAGAAAACCAAAGACGAAUCGGAAGUUGAAACUCAACCGGAAUGCGGCGUUUCGGCGAGUGGCAAUGGAGGUGUCGGAAGUAGCGGCGUCAGCAACCUGUCCUAUAAUUUGCAGCUGCGCAUUAUCGGCGGUAGGGAAGCAACGCCAGGCAGGUGGCCGUGGCAAGUGGCUAUUCUCAAUCGUUUUAAGGAGGCGUUUUGUGGAGGUACUUUGAUCGGAGCCCGUUGGGUGCUGACGGCUGCCCAUUGCCUCCGGAAGAGACUCAACGUCCGCAUAGGAGAAUAUGAUCUGGUAGAACAUGAUGGUACCGAAAUGGAUUUCCAGGUGGAAGAGGUAUUCGUGCAUCCGGAUUACGAUCCAGAGACGGUGGACAAUGAUGUAGCCUUGCUACGGCUUCCUGAGGCCAUUAAGCUGGGUCACCAGGGCAUGAGACUGGCUUGUUUGCCUCAACCUGGCCAGUCGUUGCCAAUCACACAAAAAUGUACCAUCAUCGGUUGGGGCAAAGAAAGAAGUUCACACGUUUUCGGCACUGAAGUCCUGCACGAGGCCGAGGUUCCUAUAGUAAAAACUUCGGCCUGUCGUGAAGUUUACGAGGAUUAUUUCAUUACGGACAACAUGUUCUGCGCGGGCUAUCGCAAAGGGCGGAUCGACUCGUGCGCCGGUGACUCAGGUGGGCCACUUCUCUGCUCUGUAGGUGACCGGUGGACUAUCUUCGGUAUCACAAGUUUCGGGGAAGGCUGUGGCAAGCGUGGCAAGUUCGGCAUCUACACCAAAGUGCCAAAUUACGUCAGUUGGAUACAGCGAGUCAUCGACCUAAAUGGAGGGAUCUAACGGUUUACGUAGAAUCGUUGCCUACGCCGUACAAUCGUCUUCCCGUGUCUUUGGCCGAGCGAACGCGCUGGCUCCGAGAUCGUCUUGCAUUGAAACUCGUCUUUUUGUUUAUUUUAUUUCAUUUUUUUGGCUUCUUGUCUUAUUCGGUUUGUUUUGUUUAUUUUUGUUUUGUUUUUUUUUGUUUCUAGUUUUUUUCUCGUUUUUUUUUGUCUUUUUGUUUGUCUUUAUUUUGUGCUGCUCCAACAAAUGAACACAUAUUUAUAGAUUUUUAAAAACAUUAUAUUUGACUCGCCAUGUGACAACUAACUCCGUAUAAUACAUCAAGUUAACGAAGAGAA